ACACCAACGCCUACAAAAAUUGGUUUUUACUGUUGCUUUGUCUUUCCUUUCAUUUCUGGUGGUGCUUUGUUCCUUGGAAAGAAAUAUAAUAAAUUUAGAAAAUCAAAACUGUAUGCUGAUUGCUAAAGUCCGAAAAAUCCAAUAUCUCAUACUCGAACCUGACGUGCUCUGUCGUGAUUGGCCGGAACUUGGAGCUCGGAUGGCAACCCCAAAUAUAAGAAAAAUGAAAUUCACCCAACAUGUCUGUCAGUCAAACCAUCCAACAAGAAAUGAAAACUCCCCCCUCUGAGCAUUGACAUGGAUGUUCUUCCAUCCACUCACAUUCACCGUUUCGUCUCCACUGUCGUACCCUCCCAUACACCCCACCAACUCAACCAUUCCCCUUAUCUUCACUGCAACACUAGAGUGCCUAUAAAGCUCAAAUCCGGUGAAUUAUUGCUCACCCACCAUGCGUUCGACGAAAUUCCUGUCUCAGACACCUUUGCUUGGAACAAUCUUAUCCAAACUCAUCUCACCCAUGGAGAUUUCCAACUUGUUUUCUCAACUUAUCACCAAAUGCUUCUUCGGGGUGUUCACCCCGAUAGACACACUCUUCCUCGGGUCCUAGCCGCCUCUCGCCUUUCAGGUUAUUUAUUUCUUGGCAAACAACUUCAUGGCCAAGCUCUCAAACUUGGCUUCUCAUCUGACCAGUAUGUAGUGACCGCUCUCCUGGAAAUUUACGGUCGUCUUGAUACUGUUGAUACUGCAAGAUGGCUACUUGACAAGUCCUCUCCUAGUAGGAAUUCGGUUUCAUGGACUCUGCUAGCCAAAUUAUAUAUCGAAGAAGGUCAACCCAGUUCGGCUAUUCAUUUGUUCUAUCAAAUGUUAGACUUUGGAGCUGAGAUAGAUUCCGUCGCCCUGGCGACAGCAAUUGUUGCCUGCGCAUCAUUAAAGUCUCUGAAACAAGGUAGGAAAGUCCAUCAAGUUGCUAGAAAUUGUGGAUUGGAGUUUGAUGUGUUGGUGAGUAAUUCUCUCCUGAAAAUGUAUAUUGAUUGCAGCAGCAUCCAAGAAGCUCGGGUAAUUUUCGAUAGUAUGCCUUCAAAAGAUAUCAUUUCCUGGACCUCAAUUAUUCAUGCAUAUGUGAAGAAGGGAGGGUUCAACGAGGGACUUAAAUUAUUUCGCCAAAUGGUUAAGGAUGGAUUAAAACCAGAUCAGCUCUCAAUCUCUAGCAUUCUCCCAGCUUGUGCAAGGGUAACUGCAAACAAGCAAGGCAGAGAAAUUCAUGGCUACUUACUUAGAAAUGGCAUGGAAUUGAAUGUCACCGUUUUUAACGCUGUUAUUGACAUGUAUGCGAAGUCGGGAUGUAUCAACUCUGCUUCAAAAAUGUUCAGGCAGUUGAGGUGGAAAGAUGUUGUUUCAUGGACCAUAAUGAUAAUGGGGUACAGCUUACAUGGACAAGGAGACCUUGGAGUUGAUUUGUUUCGAGAAAUGGAAAAAGACUCCAGCAUUCUGAUAGAUCAAGUGACAUAUGGUGCUGUACUGCAUGCUUGCAGUACUGCACGUCUUGUUGAGGAGGGAAAAUUCUAUUUCAACUGCAUCAUGACACCUGAAGUUACACACUUGGCUUUGAUGGUGGCUCUUCUAGCUCAUUCCGGACUCUUUGAUGAGGCAAUGGCUUUCAUAAAGAAGCAAAAGGUUGAAAGGAAUGCUGAGGUUCUGCGACCACUGCUUGAAGGCUGCAGGAUCCACCGGAAAAAGAAUUUAGGUAAGUGGGUCGUUGAGCAGCUCUGCGAAUUGGAAUCUCUUAAUCCAGAAAAUUAUGUAUUGCUCUCGAACUGGUACGCCGUUAAUGCUAAAUGGGGCAUGGUUGAUAAAUUGUAUGGAACCAUUAUAGACUUGGGAUUGAAGGCUAAGAAAGCUUACAGUUGGAUAGAAUUGAGAAAUAAAAUUCACGUGUUUGGGACAGGGGAUGUAUCCCACCCAAGGUCGGAAAGAAUUUAUUGGGAAUUACAGUGUUUGAUGAAGAAAAUAGAAGAUGAAGGAUAUAGGCCCAGUGAGGAUUAUAGUCUCCAUGACGUAGAUGAAGAGAGAGAAUGCAUUCAGAUUGGGCAUAGUGAAAUGUUAGCUCUUUCUUUUGGACUUAUUAGUACACAUAUAGGUUCAACCAUUCGGGUGACAAAGAACCUUCGUGUGUGUCGCAACUGCCAUGAUUGUGCAAAGAUUAUAUCCAAGUUUGUACAACGAGAAAUCAUACUCAAAGACCCAAAUCGCUUCCAUCAUUUUCAAGAUGGGUUUUGCUCGUGUGGUGAUUGUUGGUGAUUUGUUUUUCAGGGAGAUGUUGAGGGUGCAAUGUGUUGCUGGAUAACAUUAUACAUAUCGUUGCUCGUCAUUGAACUUUUUAUUUUUUUUCAUUUUUUUAUAGAUACUAUAGACGAACUAAAAUAAAAGUUUUUUUUUUUUUCUUUUU